AUGUUGGUAACCAGAGUCCUCAGUUUCCCCACAGGGUGGCGCUGUCUCACAGUGGCAGUGCCGACCCCAUAUCCCACGUGCACAGCUCUGUCAGAUGACAACCACAUCUUCAGCCAGUGGCAAGAGGUGCUGCCUGGAGAGGUGAUUUCCUUUGAGUUUGAAGCUCGAGAAAAACUCAGGCAUAGACAUACUCACGAGCUGAAGCUGCUCCUCGUGCGGGUGGGGGGCUGGGAGCAAGUCAAACUCGUGUCCGUGGACAAAGUGGUCGUGUUCUAUCGCUACGCCACCCUUCUUACACGCCCUAUCAGCAGGCCCAGCAUCAUACACCCACAUGUCUAUGUGGGCUGCCGGAGAACUUCCCUGUGUGUAAGGAGCUGCUUAUUCCCCCUGGUACCCAGAACUAUGUGGUGCUAUACAACGUCAACAAACGCUUGUUCUGUCUCACCAUCCACAUCAUCACAGGAGGCGCUCAAGAUCCUCAUCUCAGCGCCUUAUUGGCUCUUCAACAAGACCGUUUGCAGGGACCUUGUCGGAUGGGUGGAGCAAGACUAUCAACAACCGACAUCAGAGCAAACAAGAGUACAUUCGUUACCAGGGAGCCACCAGCGGAGAGCAUCUGGUGGCCGGGAAUCAUGAAUUGGCUCAUGGUAUCAUCUGUGUUUUGACCAGCGUCAUCACAUCCACACUGGAUGGGGUGAAGACCGAGGGAAGGAAGGUGGAGAGUGCUGCGGGUGAGGAAGCCGCGCUGCUGUAAGGGACCCCAGGGCCUGCAGGCCCGCUCCUCCACCCAAGCCUACGGACAGGAGCAGCUCUUCCACCUCACUGACAACAUCCACUCUGAGUUGUGAGUCACACUCCUGCUCUGAGCUCCCAGUUAAGCCACUAUCUGGCCAGUCACAGUGGCCACAGUGUGUGCAGGAUUUUGUUUCCAGCCCAGCUCUAACACACUUGAUUCCACUCAUCAUAGUAUUUCAUUUAGACCACGAUGAGUUGGUGAGUCAGGUGGGUUAGUGAUGGGCUGGAACAAAAGCCUGCUAAAGGUGUUUGAAAAAGACAGCUGAAGGUUUGGAGAAACAGCCAUCUCUGAUUAAUAUUGCGUCACAUGGAAAAAAGUUGAGUUAUAUUUCGAAUGAAAUGUACGUUUUAAGUUCAUUAAUACAUAUUUAGUUUUUCUAGAGUGAGAAAGAGACAUGAAAUCCCUGGCACAGACGGGGCACUAGCCUGUAUCCAGUAUCUCCGCUGGGCCUGAGAGCAUUUGUCACCUCACAGGCUAAUAAAUCCAGAGAGCCAACAGAACCCUGUCUCUAGCCCCUUACCUCUGACCCUAGAGGUGUUAACCAGCCAAAUACUCAGCUCAGCCUCUGGGCUUUCUGGCCCACACUUCACUCUUCCAAUGGGACUGCUGCUCACACCAUGUUUGUUUACGUUAGCAUGUGUGUGUGCAUGUAUUUUACACGGCUCAUGCAUGUGUGCUAGGGUAUGUGGCAGGGUCUACAGACAGUCACGGACGACAAAGGGAAAACCAGACACGUCGCGGACACAGACGUCUUGCUUCCAGACAAGCUAAACACCUUUCUUCGCCCGCUUUGAGGAUAACACAGUGCCACCGACACGGCCCGCUACCAAGGACUGUGAGCUCUCCUUCUCUGUGGCCGACGUCAGUAAGACAUUUACACGUGUUAACCUUCGCCCAGACGGCAUCCCUAGCCGUGUCCUCAGAGCAUGCGCAGACCAGCUGGCAGGAGUGUUUACGGACAUAUUCAAUCUCUCCCUCUCCCAGUCUGUUGUCUCUACUUGCUUCCAGAAGUCCACCAUUUUUCCUGUACCCAAGAAAGCCAAGGUAACUGAACGAAUUGACAAUCGCCUCGUAGCACUCCUGUCAUAAUGAAGUGCAUUAGGGCUCCCGAGUGGGUCAGCGGUGUAAGGCACUGUAUCUCAGUGCAAGUGGCGUCACUACAGUCCCUGCUUCAAAUACAGGCUGUAUCACAUCCGAACGUGAUUGGGAGUCCCAUAGGGCGGCGCACAACUGGCCCAGCGUCGUCCAGGGUAGGCCGUCAUUGUAAAUAAGAAUUUAUUCUUCAUUGACUUGGCAGAGUAAAUGUUUUAUUUUAGUUUUUAUUGUCAAGGGUCAUAUCACCUCUACCUUACCUGACACCCUAGACCCACUUCAAUUUUCUUACCACCCAAAUGGAUCCACAGACGAUAUAAUCGCCAUCGCACUACACACUGCCCUCUCUCAUCUGAACAAGAGGAAUUCCUAUGUAAGAAUGUUGUUCAUUGACUAUAGCUCAGCAUUCAACACCAUAGUACUCUCCAAGCUCAUCAUUAAGCUCGAGGCCCUGGGUCUGAACCCUGCCCUGUGCAACUGCGUCCUGGACUUCCUGACAGGCUGCUCCCAGGUGGUGAAGGUAGGAAAAAACACCUCCACUUCGCUGAUCCUCAACACUGGGGCCCCACAAGGAUGCGUGCUCAGCCCCCACCUGUACUCAGGAUGCAUGCUCAGCAUCAGCAGUGGCGUAGCCAUGCCCUUCCCAACAGAAGCCUAUGGUAAGGCUUCCACAACCCUAUAAGAACUCUUCUGUAGUGUUAAUACAAUUAUUAAGACCAUAAUUCAUUAUUAUUUCAUUCAUUUAUGCACAUUCUAGCCUAUAAUGUCCAAGAAUUAUGUAUUUGUUUUACUUUUUCCCUCAGAAACAAAAGUAUUUACUUUGCUAAUAUUGCUAAGGAUUUUCAUAGGUUGCCACAAUGCUAAAUCAGUCAAAUUUUCCCUAAUGUCCUCAUAGGUUCAUGUGAAGAGCGAGAAUCUUGCUGCGAAAAUCUCUCAAGAAAUCAACUAUGCCAAGAGACUUUACUAUGAGCAGCAACUUAUGAGACUGAAGACUGCAUUCUAUUGCACUCAUAAAUGACUCAUGUAAAGAGUGGCACAUACACAUAUUCUUCCUGUUUCUGCCCACUAAAGUAUGGUCGUCUUUAAUUGGUUGCGAUAACGUCUGAAGAUAUGAUCCACUAGAGCAGUGGUUCCCAAACUUUUUAUAGUCCCGUACCCCUUCGAAUAUUGAACCUCCAACUGUGUACCCUCUAGCACCAGGGUCAGUACACUCUCAAAUGUUGUUUGCCAUCAUUGUAAGCCUGCCACACACUAUACGAUACAUUUAUUAAACAUAAGAAUGAGUGUGAGUUUUGCCACAACCUGGCCCGUGGGAAGUGACAAAGAGCUCUUAUAGGACCAGGGCACAAAUAAUAAUAUAAUAAUCAAUAAUUUUGCUCUUUAUGUAGCCAUCUUACAUACAAAACCUUAUUUGUUCAUCAGAAAUGGUGAAUAACUCACCACAGGUUAGUGAGAAGGGUGUGCUUGAACGGAUGCACAGAACUCUGUUGGGUUGUAUUGGAGAGAGUCUCCGUCUUAAACAAUUUCCCACACAGCCUGUGCCUGUAUUUAGUUUUCAUGCUAGUGAGGGCCGAGAAUCCACUCUCACAUAGGUGGUUGCAAAGGGCAUCAGUGUCUUAACAGCGAGAUUUGCCAAGGCAAGAAACUCUUAUCGAGUCCAGAAAUCUGGCUGUGGCUUCUGAUUUAAAUUACAUUUUCACAGAACCGCUUGUCGUAAUUUCAAUGAGGUUCUCUUGUUCAGAUAUCAGUAAGUGGACUGGAGGCACGUUAUCAUGCAAGCGGUCAGACAAGUGAAAAUUAUGCUCAGUUAAAGAAAACUUUAAGCUCAUCUCUCAAUUUAAAAAAAUGUGUCUAUACUUUUCCCCUUGAUAAUUAGCGCACUUCUGUAUGUUGUAAAAGUGUUACAUGGUUGCUGCCCAUAUCAUUGCAAAAUGCAUAAAAUACACGAGAGUUCAGGGGCCUUGCUUUAACAAAGUUAACCAUUUUCACUGUAGUGUCCAAAACGUCUUUCAAGCUGUCAGGUAUUCCCUUUGGCAGUGAAAUGAGGCUACUCAGGCGAGGAAAUAAUCAGGUCCGGAUUGGCCACCGCUGCACCUCUUUCAGUAGCACAACAUAGUUUAGACUUAGAGGGUCCAACAUCCCAAGAAGCACACAAUUUUAACAGUACUUUUAUUUUUCUUUGCAAACGGGUGUUUUAAUGACUGUAUAUUUAGAGCACAAUAUGAUGAAUGUAAGAUGGUGCUGGAGCAGAAGGCAGAUGAUUUACGUCCCACAAACCAAUUGUGUUUUUUUGUUCGUUUAUCUGGAUUGUUUAUUACUUUAUUUUGUACAUAAUGUUGCCGCUACCGUCUCUUAUGACCGAAAAUAACUUCUAGACAUCAGAACUGCGAUCACUCACCACGGACUAGCAGAAUCCUUUUUCUUCUUUCACGACUCUGACGAGCCCAAAGCGGAGGAUAUACGGCUCCCUCGAGAACAGACCCCGACCCCCGUGAUCUCUGUGAAGAGGAGGCAGAGAAAGAGGGGCUGCCUUCUGAGAAUUCGAAGGCGAUCGAAUAAACCCCGACUUCCCUCAAUUCUGCUAGCAAAUGUGCAAUCUUUGGACAAUAAAAUUGAGUUACGUGGAAGAUUACACUACCAACGGGACAUUAAACACUGUAACAUCUUAUGCUUCACGGGGUCGUGGCUGAACGUUGACAAUAUCAACAUACAGCUGCUGUCUGGUUAUACGAUGUACCGACAGGAUAGAACAGCGGUGUCUCGUAAGACAAGGGACGGCGGACUAUGUAUUUUUGUAAAUAACAGCUGAAGUCUCGAGCUAUUGCUCGCCUGAGGUAGACUAUAUUAUGAUAAGCUGUAGACCACACUACCUACCGAGAGAGUUCUCAUCUGUACUCUUCGUAGCUGUUUUACAUACCACCUCAGUCAGAGGUUGGCACUAAUACAGCAUUGAAUGAGCUGUAUUACGCCAUAAGCAAACAAGAAAACGCUCACCCAGAGGCGGCACUCCUAGUAGCCAGGGACUUUAAUGCAGGGAAACUUACAUCAGUUUUACAAAUUUUCUAUCAACAUUAAAUGUGCAACCAGAGGAAAAAUAACUCUGGACCACCUAUACUGCAGACACAGAGACUCAUACAAAGCUCUCCCUCGCCCUCCAUUUGGCAAAUCUGACCAUUAUUCUAUCCUCCUGAUUCCUGCUUACAAGCAAAAAUUAAUGCAGGAAGCACCAGUGACGAGAUCAGUAAAAAAGUGGUCAGAUGAAGCAGAUGCUAAUCUACAGGAGGACUGUUUUGCGAUCAAGAUUGUGUGAUCACGCUCUCCGCAGCCGAUGUGAGUAAGACCUUUAGACAGGUCAACAUUCACAAGGCCGCUGGGCCAGACGGAUUACCAGGAUGUGUACUCCGAGCAUGCGCAAACCAACUGGCAAGUGUCUUCACUGAUAUUUUCAACCUCUCCCUGUCUGAGUCUGUAAUACCAACAUGUUUUAAGCAGACCACCAUAGUCCCUGUGCCCAAGAACACUAACGUAACCUGCCUAAAUGACUACUGAUGCAAUCUCUUGCACUCCACACUGCCCUUUCCUACCUGGACAAAAGGAACACCUAUGUGAGAAUGCUAUUCAUUGACUACAGCUUAGCGUUCAACACCAUAGUGCCCUCAAAGCUCAUCAAUAAGCUAAGGACCCUGGGACUAAACACCUCCCUCUGCAACUGGAUACUGAACUUCCUGAUGGGCCGCCCCCAGGUGGUAAGGGUAGGUAACAACACAUCCGCCAUACUGAUCCUCAACACAGGGCCCCCCCCGGGGUGCGUGCUCAGCCCUCUCCUGUACUCCCUGUUCACUCCUGACUGCACGGCCAGGCACGACUCGAUGACACAACAGUGGGCCUGAUCACCGACAACAACAAGAUAGCCUAUAGGGAGGAGGUCAGAGACCUGGUCGUGUGAUGCCAGGACAACAACGUCUCUCUCAACGUGAUCAAGACAAAGGAGGUGAUUGUGGACUACAGGAAAAAGAGGACCGAGCAUGCCCACAUUCUCAUCGACGGGGCUGCAGUGAAGCAGGUUGAGAGCUUCAAGUUCAUUGGUUUCCACAUUACCAACAAACUAACAUGGUCCAAGCACACCAAGACAGUCGUGAAUAGGACAAAACCUAUUCCCCCUCAGGAGACUGAAAAGAUUUGGCAUGGAUCCUCAGAUGCUCAAAAGGUUCUACAGCUGCACCAUCGAGAGCAUCCUGACUGGUUGCAUCACUGCCUGGUAUGGCAACUGCACAGCCUCCGACCGCAAGGCAAUACUAUAGCUAUGUACAUAUCGAGGGUGGAGAAAAAAUAUAAUAACAAUUAUGGAGGUUUACUUGAAGUGAAAUGCUGUACAAAACUGCCAUUAAAAUGUUUUUUAUUUUGUGUAUAAAAGGAUUUUCGAGUUGAAUUAAUUGCACUGACACUUAGUUGGGACACACUGGCUGCUCUCGCUCUCCAACUGGGCCACACCCACCACACAGGGAAGGCAGUCGGGAGAGCUGCCACUCAAGUCCCUAGGCUUUUACAAUCAUGGGUAUCUGUAUGGUUUUGGUCACCCUUUUAUUGAAUAAAUGACCUUGUACUUUUUAUCCUAUUUCUUCUGAGAGCUCUAGGUGUUGGGAAUGUGUUCCUAAAACAUUGAGUUUCUAUCUACUGUCAUCAGACCAGGGGCCUUACACUUCAAAGCUUGUGAAAGGUGGAGGACUUGAACCUAUGGAGGAGGAAGGAGAGUGAAUGGAUGACUUUGCUUAUAAUAAAGCACCACAACUGCAGUACUCAAUA